AUCCUUUAAACACCACCUCCUUACACAUAACCUAGUCAAUACCGUUCGCCAAGAUAUCAUUACUACAGUAGAACAUACCAUCCUCACCCGUCCUCCUUGUCCUUACAUCUGACUACAUUCCCACUUGCACCAUUGUGUAAAUAUCACCAUGAACAAUCAAGAAAGAAUGGGAAGCUCAUCUCCUCAAGCCAUCAAGCUACAGAUGGACCAGAGUGCUGUUGACUCCAGCGCUGGUAGCCCCCCAGCCCUGUCGUCAUCGCCAUCCGACAGACGUGCAAGCACCGAUGAAUGGGAUGCCUCGAAGGUCCCCCCGAGCCGGUUCCAGAAACGCAAGGGUUCAAUCUACGCAACGCCCGGCUCACGGGAUGGUCACGUCGACCGAAACUAUGCCAGUGGCUUCCACGAGAAACAUACAGAGAAAGGUUACGGAAAGGCCGAGACCAAGCACUGAGACCCUGGCCAUUGAUUGAUGUCACUGGUUGGCGGUUGCAGCUGCGAAGUCCGCAAUGAUUGUUGUUGAUAUGUGUAUACGACCCCCCAGUAUCAAUUCUUGUCUCGUGUCUGCAACCCGUUGUCUGCAGCGAGCAUUACCGCGCUGCAACAACGCUGCCUUGUAUUUUGUCUAGUAAUCAAUGCCGAGUUGUGAAGGUUAUCACUCGUCCGCAUCAUCAAUAUCGAUGGCGUCGGGGUUGGCUGCUGUCGUAUCAUCUUC